GGAAAUGCUCGUGUUAUGGGGAGGACGAGGGAGUGUCAUCUUUGGUGUUAUGAUUUGUAGUGGAAAAUGACGAGAGUCGGAGCAGCUAUGGAGAGUAACAGCUACUUACACCGUGAGGAGCUCAUGGGGGUUGAGCACUGGAGACUUCUGAAUAAUUUGAAGACUACAGUAGAAGGUCUGGUGUCGGGCAACAGUCGCAACGUGUGGUCCAAGUAUGGGGGUCUGCAAAGGCUUUGUCGGGAUAUGAGCAGUAUUCUUCAGCAUGGACUUAUCUGUGACAAGCUCUAUUGCAAUCAGCAAGACUACUGGAAUUUUGUGAAGAGCAGUCAACGCCUCCAGCCUGAUAUAUCUCCACAUGUAAAACAGUUCCUGCUCUUCGUAGAGAAUAGUCAAAGGAAUGGUGAAGGCGCCAGCGAGGGGGACAGUGGCCAGCUCUGGUUACAGCACAGUCUGCAGUUUCAUUGUCUCUCGACUCAGCUUAAAGCUCUGCUUGGCAACAGACAGUACACAAGGAAAUUUUACUUAGAUAGUGCCUUCCUUUUGAGCAGUGCACACGUGACAGCCAUGUUCCAGUGCCUGGAAGCCGUGGAGCAAAAUAACCCCAGGUUACUGGCUCAGAUAGACACAUCCAUGCUUGCUGGCAAAAGAGAAUUUUCACUUACAGGGAAGAGCUUGAGCCUUACAGCCUUGCCUGGAUCCACCCAUAUCUUACACACAGACAACCCCAAAUACACAAUGUAUGGGUCUCACAGUAACCUACAAGUGCCUCAUACUGAUCAGCAGAACAACCUGUGUAAAAUACAUAUCUCUUCAUCCGAGGAGAUACUCCCUCUUGGUGGUCCUCCUUCCCGUGACUUGUCUCCCCGGGAACCCUUCUCUCCAGUAAGCGAAAUGAGCAUCAGCACUUUGACCAGCCAAAGUGAGGAAGCCGCUAGUCAAGAUGAUCCUCACAGUGAGGGAGAUGAUGGUCCUGAGUAUUUGGCAAUCGGCAACAUGUGCAGGCGCACAUCCAACCAGAGCAGUGGCAAUUCAAAUUACUUCCCUGGCAGCACCCAAAAGUUAGAUGUGCAAAGUCCCAGCACCCUGGCUUCCAAUAGCUCUUGUUUUCUCACAAUCCCUCGCCGCUCUAGCUUUACAGAAGGACAGACAAACCAGAGACAGAGUCAUACCAAGAAGAGUCACACACGCUCACAUUCCGACACCAACAUCUGCUCUGGAUUUUCUCAAGAAUCCCAUAAUGACUUCUGCAUGGGGAGUCAUUCAAGCCUUAAAAGCAAAGCCAAUACAGUCAGCAGUCCUUACAUAGAAUAUGACAACACUCAGCAUUUAGAUGUUGCAGAGGGGAUAUUUCGGAGGCCAUCUAAAGGACAGUCAUUGAUCAGUUACCUUGCUGAACAAGAUUUUGGUAGCUGUGCUGAUCUGGAGAAGGAAAAUGCUCACUUUAGCAUCUCAGAGUCUCUGAUUGCAGCAAUUGAGCUUAUGAAAUGUAAUAUGAUGAGUCAGCAGCUUCAGGAAGAGGAAGACGAUAGUGACAAUGUCAUUCGGGAACUUAAGCAGAAAAUUCGAUUACGUCGUCAACAGAUCCAGACUCGUCAGAGAGAGAUUAACAACAGAGAUCUUAACUCAAACAGCACAGGGUAUACAGACAGUGAAUCACAGAUAAGUUCUCCAGAGUCCACCCAGUUGUCUGAUUCAGACUCUGCAGAUGAGGUGGAUCAAUUUGAGAUCAAAGAUGGUAAGGAUUGGCGUAACCUGAAUGUAAUGUAUAGAAAUGGACUGUCUGUGUCAAUGGCUUCAUUGUUCUCAGAUGCAGACAUUAAGAAGACAUUGGGCAACCGCUCUGUGCAAAGUUCUGAAUCCAUCAGGUCAUAUUCCUUCCUACAUUCUAAUUCUGCUGAAGCUGUUGCCAUGGGACUCCUGAAGCAGUUUGAAGGAAUGCAGUUACCUGCAGCCUCUGAGCUGGAGUGGUUAGUUCCGGAGGAUGAUGCCCCUCAGAAGCUACUGCCAAUCCCAGACUCUGUGCCAAUCUCUCCUGAUGAUGGGGAACAUGCAGAUAUCUACAAGCUACGUAUCAGGGUUAGAGGAAACUUGGAAUGGGCACCUCCUCGUCCACAGAUUAUUUUCAACAUCCAUCCAGCACCCACGAGGAAGGUUUGUGUUGCAAAGCAGAACUACCGGUGUGCUGGCUGUGGCAUAAGGAUAGAACCUGAUUAUAUUAAAAGGCUCCGGUACUGUGAGUAUUUGGGCAAGUACUUUUGUCAGUGUUGCCAUGAAAAUGCACUCUCUGUUAUCCCUGGACGCAUCCUGAGGAAAUGGGAUUUCAGUAAAUAUUAUGUCAGCAACUUCUCCAAAGAUCUUCUAACAAAAAUCUGGAGUGAUCCACUGUUCAACCUACAGGAUGUAAACAGCGCACUUUACAGGAAAGUUAAGGCACUGGAGCAAGUUCGGCUGUUGAGGGUUCAGCUGGUACACUUGAAGAAUUUGUUCAAAACUUGCAGAUUGGCCAACGGCAUCCUAGAGUCAUAUGACACUGUCCCUGGACACUUGACUGAGGAUCUCCAUCUCUUCUCCUUAAGUGACCUUACUGCAAUAAAGAAGGGAGAGUUGGUACUACUUCUAAAGGAGUUAGUCAAAGCUGGCACGCUGCAUGUUGAUAAAUGCAUGUUAUGUCAAGCAAAGGGCUUCAUAUGCGAAUUCUGCCAGAAUGAAGAUGAUGUGAUCUUCCCUUUCGAGUUGAGUAAAUGUCGGAGAUGUGAAGACUGUAAAGCUUGCUACCAUAAAAACUGCUUUCGAUCUGAUCAAUGUCCAAAGUGUGAUCGAUUGAGAGCAAGAAGAGAUAUGCUGGCCAGGCAAAGCCUAGAAGCCUACAACUCUGACCAGGAGGAACAAUAGCCCACACAAAAAUCUCCAACAACUAUUGUGAGAGGCAGGAUCUAAAAACUUCCAAGGAUAUAUUCAUCAAACAUAAGUUCCAACUGCUUAAUUUCAAGGAGAUCCAACGGUAUCUUAAAAAAAUUCAACAUUUGUGUUAAAGGUUCUUUUAUGUAAACAGUAUCACUUGGUUGCACAAUAGCCAUGCAUUACAUAUGUUUUGUAAAAUGA